AUGCCUCGUCUUACACAGCUGGCUUCUCUCUUCUCGCUGGCUUCGGUCGGCUUCGCUCAGAAUAUCCCCAACAUUAUCCCCUUCCAGGUCACAGGAUCUCUCGAUGAUUGCAAAGUUGGAGGCACCGAGUACAAUUCUGGUGGUACCAUCAAUGUUAACGAGUUCACGAUUACUGUCCCAAAGAACCUGAUCGUCCAGUUCCCCGUCGUAUAUGCUCCCUUCCCGAAGCUGUGCACAGCAGGAGCUGGAGGCUUCGAGACAACCGUCACUGGCAACAUCGUCGGUGGUGUUCCCAUUGCUGGACAGGUUCAGGUUGCGGCCAGGUUCGGACUUGAGGGCAGCCAGGGAUACAUCGAUUCAAUCAACAACGGUGUCAUCCAGAUUGCUGGUGGACCGAGGGUCAGGAUCAACGACCCCGAGGGUGCGUUUGCACCUAAGGUGACAUCCCAGCCCUUCUUCAUCAUGGACACCGAGAACCCAUCUGUCUCGUCCUUCUCCGGAUUCCCUAUGUGCAUUCAGCACUCGGGUAACGCAGAGACUUGCAAGGACUCCAAUCGCCCGGCUGGACAGUCUAACUUCAACGCUCCUGACCCACUCACCAUGGUCCCUUUGAAGGCUGGCGAUUUCAUCGAGUACGCUGGAUUGAGGAACGGAGGCGAGAUCUUGGCCCACAGUGUGACUUGCAUCAACGUCCAGGUCACCACUCAAGCCUCCGACACCGUCCCCAACUACAUUCGCGUCGAGGACAUGCUCGUUGGUGUUCAAGAUACCGCUGCCAACGUGGAGGUCGCUGAUAUCCGUGUCAUCGGUUUCCUUUCAAGCUGCAGCAAUGCCCAAGUCACCAUCUCCGCCAUCGACGUCGACCCAUGCACUGGUGCUGAGACCUACCGCCGCAUCGGUAGUGCCACUCCAAGGCAAGAGACGCGUUGCAAGUGGGAGGCCCGUAUCGGCACCGUCACACCAUACACCCGCGACUAUCUCGUCACGACCAACACCCCCGUCACUGAGACCAAGAACGGCAUCAAGGCCGGUCAGUUCGUCGUUGCCGUCGGCGAGUGGAUCUUCCCCGAGGUCGACGUCCCCGGAACUUUCCCCCCGCCGCUCAUCUUCAACGACAUCUCCGCCCUCAACCAGGGUGACUUCCUCGACGACCAGCAGUUCGGCCCACUAGACCCAUACCCUGGCGCCAACAAGCCCGCAGCCAAAAAGCAGUGCAGCGCCAGCGACAUCCCAGCGAACAACCCUACCGACCCUACCAACCCCACUAACCCUACCAACCCUACCAACCCUACCAAUCCCGACACACCCACCACAGCCCAGACCCUGCCCAUCGCCGCAGCAGCCCAAUUCGCCGCCGUCCAGCGCUCCGCCGCGCUCCUCACCCUCUCCGGCUCCAACACCGAGGCCAAGCUGACCGCCGACCAACUCACCUUCAAGUGGACCCAGACCUCGCCGGCCUCGCCCGCAAUCUCUCUCACCAACCCCACCUCCGCCACCGCCUCCUUCACAGCGCCCAAAGUCACCACCGAAACAACCUUCAACUUCACCCUCACCGUGGCGCUGAAAUCCAACGCCACCGCGCUCAGCACCGUCACCGUGCCCGUCAAGAUCUCGCCCACGGCCGCCGACGUCGUCGUCGUCGACCAGUACACGUGGGAGAGCCGUAAGUCCGGCACCAUCAGCGUGGCGUGCAGCUCCAACGUGCGCAACGGCGAUAACAAGAAGAUGACGCUCGUCGUCAACGGGAACCAGAACAUUAACAUGCUGGUCAGUGGCGGCCCGGGCAGGUGGGCGUACACGGGUACGCUGAACAGGCCGACAAGGCUGCAGUGUGUGUCUGAUCUCAAUGGCAAGAGCGCGGAGCGCGCGGGGACUGCGACGACAAGGCGCAGGAGGAGGGGUGCGUUGUAG